AUGGAGCGGACUGCCGCGGACAACAGAGAGUUUGUUCUCUGUUUCGAUGGAACUGGAUAUAAAUUCCGCGGAGACGAAUCAGACAGUAAUGUCCUCAAGAUCUACAGAAUGCUAAAUCGCCAUGACCCUCGUCAAUUUCAUUAUUAUCAGCCGGGGUUUGGGACGCACACCACCUCGAUCUGGCAAGCCAGUAAAGCCAGCACUAAUCGCCUGAAGAGAUGGUUUACGAACAUGAAGGACUCCGCGGCAGGCACAACAUUUGACGAACAUGUCAUUGACGGUUAUAGAUUUCUCAUGCGCUUUUACAGCCCCGGAGAUGCCAUAUACAUAUUUGGUUUUAGCCGUGGAGCGUAUGUUGCUCGCAUGCUUGCGGAAAUGAUAGACCACGUUGGCCUGCUAGAGCCAGGGAAUGAAGGGAAAGUACGCUACGUUUGGAUGACCUUUUCGAAGUGGGCGAAAUGUACCAACAGCACCUUCUGUCGUCCGGUAUCGCAGAUUCGCUUUCUCGGAUUAUUUGACACCGUCAACAGCAUUCCACGGUUUGAGGUGAAUCGCAAUAAAUUCCUGUUUCCGUUUACGGCGAAAACCUCGGCUAGGGUGAUUCGGCAUGCCGUUUCUAUCGAUGAGCAUCGUGCCAAGUUUCGACAGGAUCUGAUAUCAGAUUGCAAUCCUAACAGGCCGUCGACCCGGCGCAAGAACCAGGACCAGCCAGAGCAACAGGGGCGUUGCACAGGCGAGGCGUUCUAUCGACCAGCCCCCGCUAAUGCGCUCACCGAAGCUAAGGAUUGUCUCCGUGACGAAAGCCAGAACACGUGUCAGGGUCAGGACAUCGAGGAGGUGUGGUUCGCCGGAUGCCAUUCGGAUAUUGGCGGCGGAUUAAAAAUGGAUGACGAUGAAGUCAUAGCACUGAGCCAUGUGCCAUUAGUAUGGAUGGUACAGGAGGCGCAGCGUGCGGGGCUUCAAUUCGAUCGCGAAAAGAUGAAGCUCUUUCAUUGCCUCGAUGACCCAGCUGGCUAUAGAAAUCUUCCGGGUCAUCCGGAGUCAAGCACUGGGGUCCAAAUAAAUGGAGAUUACGCAGGUGAGAAAGGUAAUGAAUUCGACUUCAAAUCCGCACUCCGAAGGGCAACUACCACCGGACAUGUACAUGACUUUCUACAGUAUGGCCAAGGUGUCUCGUGGCCCACCGCUUUAACGUGGAAAGUUGUCGAGUAUCUUCCAUUUCGGAGAUUGGCAUUGCAAUCUGAUGGAUCUUGGAAACCCGUUCGGUGGCCUCUCCCUCUUGGGGAGAAACGUGACCUUCCAAAGGGAGCUAAAGUUCAUGGCUCAGUCAUUCGCCGCAUGAAGGCCAAUAAAGAGUACAGGCCGGAAAAUCUACUCAGAGACGGAAAGGGGAAGAAUAAGCGACCUUUGGAGAGUGGAAUCGGCGCGUGGGAGGUGCAUGCCUAUGAGGGCUGUCCAGUGCGGGAGACAUACCGCCGAAAGUCGAGCGAAACUGUCUAGACUGGUUUCGCUUUCUAUAUUGUAUAAGUUGCCAUUGACAAGUAACGCUGAGUCAUGAGCUCUGCUAUGGCGGCAGUGAGCCGAUUGCAGGACGAGACAGACGAGGAAACACCACCAGAAUGGAAGAAGAGGGCCGAGUCCCAUCACGAAGAUCGUGCUUCAGAUCCAG